UUUGAAAACAUUGUAAGGAGGACCGGUCUGUGUUGAUAGCAUAAACAUGAAACCAAAAACAGCAGAUAAAAAUCAAAACAUUAAGGUCUCGGUAAGAUGCAGACCAAUAAAUUCACAGGAAAAGAAACAAGGCUCUUUUUCUGUACUUGAAUGCAAUGCUGAAAAAAAGGAGGUCACUGUAAAAGAACGUCUAGGUGUAAAUCCCAACACCAAAUCCUUCUUCUUCGAUCAUGUUUUCCCGCCAUCGUCCAAACAGAUGGAUGUCUAUCAGUCUGUGGUCACUCCCAUCAUCGACGAAGUUCUCUCAGGAUACAACUGUACUGUCUUUGCGUACGGCCAGACAGGUUCGGGAAAGACCUUCACUAUGGAGGGGGAUCGCACAGAUGACCCAGACAUUUCCUGGGAAGAAGACCCCUUAGCUGGUCUAGUUCCCAGAGCUAUGAACCACAUAUUUGAGCAGCUGAAAACUCAGGAUGUUGAGUUUUCUGUGAGAGUCUCAUUUUUGGAGCUUUACAACGAAGAAUUAUUUGACCUUUUGGGAUCUGGUGAUGACACGUUGAAACUCAGGAUAUAUGAGGAUAGUACAAAAAAGGGCUCUGUUAUCAUUAACGGCCUGGAAGAAGUCGUGGUCCGCAACAAGACUGAAGUCUUUGAGAUCUUGGAGCGAGGAACAGCUCGUAGACAAACUGCUGCAACAUUGAUGAAUGCACAUUCUAGUCGCUCGCACACAGUGUUUUCAGUGACGAUUCAUAUCAAAGAGAGCAACAUUGAAGGGGAGGAACUCAUGAAGACAGGAAAGUUGUAUUUGGUGGACUUAGCCGGCAGUGAAAACAUUGGUCGUUCAGGAGCUGUAGACAAACGAGCCAGAGAGGCUGGCAGUAUAAACCAGAGUUUACUUACCCUAGGCCGAGUGAUUACUUCUCUGGUGGAGCAUGCCCCUCAUAUACCCUACAGGGAGAGCAAGCUGACCCGCCUACUACAGGACUCCCUUGGGGGUCGCACCAAGACUUCCAUCAUUGCUACUAUCUCACCGGCAGCCUGUAAUUUGGAGGAGACCCUGAGUACAUUAGACUAUGCUCACCGGGCCAAGAACAUCCAGAACCGCCCAGAAAUCAACCAGAAGCUCACCAAGAAGGCUCUAAUGAGGGAAUACACAGAGGAGAUCGAGAGACUCAGGAGAGACCUGCAGGCUGUUCGCGAGAAAAAUGGAAUUUACCUGGCAGAGGAAAACUAUGU